AGAAGCAUGAGAUCACCUUGGUUUUUGGUGGUUCAGGCGGUCUUUCUUCAUCACACAGCUGGGUCUCCUGAUUCUGUGUUCAGACAAACUGGAGGAUCUGUCACUAUGGAGUUCCAGCAACACCAGCAGCUGGAGAGGGAGAGUAUAGAUUUCAUUCAGUGGCACUUUGGCCAACAUAAAAUAAUGAAAUAUGUACCCCACAAAGACACUCUUACAGUAUUCACCCAUAAAGACAGAGUGGUGUUUAAUAAAGGGACCUUCUCUCUGGAGCUGAAGAACCUGCAUAAGAAUGACAGUGGACUCUACAGAGGAGAGAUCAGUGCUGAGACAGAAGUUCAGGCCGAGUUCCAUCUCUUUGUUCAGGUGUCUGCUCCCGUCCUGACCAUCCUGUCUCAGAUGUCCAGCAGUGACCUCUGUAAUGUGACACUGACCUGUAGAGUUCGCAACCUCUCUCUGAACAUCAGCUGCAGUAACAAUAUCUGCUGGCCGGAGGAAGAAGCCUCCCCUGACUCAACCUUCACCCUCUUUGUGACAGAUGACACCAUCACCUGUAACCAUAGCAAUCAAGUGAGCUGGAGAAACGCUACCAGGAAAAUCAAAACUCUCUGUGAUCAGACGGUGAGAGUGUUUGAGAUCGGAACUGUUAUCCUGCUUAUUGUGCUCUGUGUCUUUGUUCUUGUUGUGCCGGCCAUUGUUUUGGUUCACUGGAUAAAAAGACGACAGAAAGCAGCUGAAGCUGACAUACAAUCAGAGUACGCAUCAGUACAGACUCCUCUGCCUCCACACUCUGCAGAUCCUACUGUCUACAGCACUGUGCAGGCAGCCUCAGCCGUGGAGAGCCCCUAUUCUCAGUCUGCAGCAAACCCUAUCUACAGCACUGUGCAGCAGACACCACAAAUUGCCUCAGCUGAUCAUGCCUACCACAUCUCUCCUACCAGCCUCUAUGCUACUGUGAACUAGAUGUAAAAACAGUGUUUAUCUAAAUGCCUUUUUACCAUAAUCAGUUCUAUUUCCAUAAUGUUUAAUACUAUUGGAUGUAGUUAUAUAUGUUGUAUUAUUACUAUGGAUGCUAAAGUUGACUAAAAAGAGGAAUAUAAAAUCAUGUUUUGGAAAUUGAUCUUAAUGCCUUAAGUAAAAAAAUUAGGAAAUAUCCAACCUUUAUGGAGACCAUAUGGAGACUUUUCUGUGUGAAUGAAUAAUGUAUCGUAAAUAAAUGUUCUUCCUUAAAA